AUGGCUCCCGCCCGUAAGAGAACCACCAACAUUGCGCGUCGCAGGCGGACAGAUGACGAAGAUGAGAGCCAGUCGGUAGCAACUCUGGCCGACGACUCCCAGAGUGACGCCUCAGUGCUCAGCGAUGUCGACGAGGACGCCGAUGCCGACAACAGCGACCUUAGUGAGGUCGACAGUGCCCCCUCCCUUACCCAAGGAAAGCCAAAGCGCAAAUCAAAUGGCCCGCGUGAUGCAAAACCUCGACAGAAUGCUAGCCAGCGGCAACCUUCUCCGCCCAUUGCUCGCUCCGACGUGGAUUUCUCCGCUGUCAAAGAGACGGAGAUCAUGAUGAACGGGCUUCAGAUUGGUGAAGAUGGAAAGGAACCUGACGAGAUUGACUUUGAGACUGGUACGGCAGCACCAGAGACGGCGCCAGCUGUUGGUGUGGCUUCCUCGCGGACAGAGACGCUGGCGGAGCGCCGGCGGCGGGAGCACGAGGAAUACAAGAAGAAACGCGACUCUGACCCGGCUUUCAUCCCCAAUCGCGGGGCCUUCUUCAUGCACGACCAGCGCCACGCACCCGGUCAGAAUGGCUUCAGGCCCGCUGGUCGCGGAAGGGGGCGGGGUGCUCCCAUCGGGGGGCCCUUCUCUCCAGCAAAUAUGAGGCCACAGCCUUCGGAGGCUACUGACUCGCCCUGGCAGCAUGAUCUGCACGAGACCGUCAAUGCACCGGGCUCCCACGAUCAGCCUGGCCCACCUCCAGCCGCUUCCCAGCAGCAACCACCGAACGCGCCCGCCUUUGCCUCUCGAGUACCUCCGGGGUCCAACCAAAAGCCUUCGCAGGCUCGUAACUUCUCCACCACGGUUCAUACGCACAAUGCCAUGGUUCGAGUAUUCUUGCCAAACAUGAAGGGCCCUAUACAAUUCCAGAAUGUACCUAUCAAGCAACAUACCCGUCUCCCCAACCACAGACCCCCGCUCCGUCGCGAUAAGCCAGUCCGUAUCUCACUUCCGCCUGCCCCGCCGCGCUACAUCUUCCCCACAGUUGAGCGCUCCUUCAUCUUCAUCCCGCGGGCACUCCGGCCCAACCAGCAGGGCUUUGGACGGGGACGGGGUAGGUUUGGAUCUUUUGGCGGGGGUUUCUCGAGCAGGCGAACAAGUGCAUAUGGAGGUAGUGUAUACUCGCCGAGCGUAGCAAUGAGCAGGCGGUCAUCGAUUGCACGCGAGAUUGGUCGUGAAAACCUGGUCUCUCCUGCUGGCUCCAUCAUGUCACGUAAUGGCGGGUUCGUUGAUCCCAGUCGUCCAGUGGUACGUCUUCCACCUGGAGGUCCCAGGAUGUCAACCGGACCUUCCAUGAUCUCGCCUACAAAUGGUGCUGUUCAGCCACCAUACCCGCUCCCACAGAAGCCGGCUUUCCGAGAAAACUGGCAAGGCCAGCUCCCCAUGCACCAGCCUCGCCCACAAAAGACUGUAUCUGUUGCUGGAAUUGAGUCACCAGCGUCAUUGAGUUUCAACCCACCCCAGCAGCAAGAACAACAACCUUUCCAUCAACAAGUGCCUGCGCACAUCAAUGGAGCUGCCCCUGCUCCUGAUCAGUCAUUCUAUCAACAUGGACGUCACGCGUCUUAUCCAAGCCAGGUAUCUACGGGAACUCCGCUCAACAAUAUUCCCGAACGGGCUAUCCAUGCGCCAGCCUUCCAGCCUUAUGCUCAGCCUGGCUUUCAACCGCAAGCCUUUGUUCCACAAGGCUACUACUAUCCACAAAAUAGUGCACAGCCGCAAUACAUGGCACCGGCGGGUAUGGUGCCUAUGUUUGUUCCUGGCGCACAGCAACCUGGUUACGUCAUGCCGGUUUCUGCUCCCCCAGUCGCUGCUCCUCCAGCUCCUGCCGGUCAACCCAACAUGGUGGCUUACGAGUCCAACGGUAUGACAUACUACGUCGACUCGGCUCAACUUUACCCAGCCCCACCGGCAGAGAAUUACGCUCAGCCUAACUAUGCUGUUCCGGGCAUGGGAGGCAUGAUGACGCCAGGGCCCGAUGGUGCCUACUACUACCCACAGCAAAUGCAGCCAGCAGGCUACUAUCCUCAGCAAUGA